CCUAAAUGUAUUGCUAAAGUCCCUAGGGUUUACGGUUUACUACUUAGCUGGAAAAAGAAGCAUUCGAUUGGUCUGCUUUUCGUAACAUCAAAACGCUUCUUCUCAACCUGUUUCAGAAAAUAACGACGUCAAUACUCUUGUCAACAUUUGAUUCCAGAAAUGGCCACUGUCAAACCAAGGGCUCAGGCCAAGAGGGCCGCUGCUGCAGAAGAUGAGGGUCUGGACCCAACGCAAUAUCAUGAAAACAGGCUGAAAGCUCUUGCUGCUCAGAAGUCAGCUGGGAUUAAUCCGUAUCCCCACAAAUUCGAAGCUAACUCAUCUAUACCUGAGUAUGUGAAGAAAUACGAAGGUUUAAACAGUGGUGAUCAUCUUGAAGACGUCGAGGAACGAAUUGCUGGCCGGCUUAUGAACAAACGCUCGUCAUCAUCGAAGUUAUUCUUUUAUGAUUUACAUGGUGGUGGAGCUAAAGUUCAAGUUAUGGCUGAUGCAAGGAGAUCGGAUUUGGAUGAAGAAGAGUUUUCUCUAUUUCACAAUUCAGUCAAGCGAGGAGAUGUUGUUGGGAUCAUUGGUUUCCCAGGUAAAAGCAAAAGAGGAGAGCUGAGUAUUUUUCCCAAAACAUUUAUAGUGCUUUCUCAUUGUCUCCACAUGAUGCCCCGACCAAAAGUUGGUCCAGGUUCAGAAAAUGCUAAGGUAACCAAUGCUUGGGUCCCAGGAAGUGGUAGAAACCCUGAGGCUUAUAUACUAAAGGAUCAGGAAACACGGUAUAGGCAGCGGUAUCUUGACUUGAUGCUGAACAUGGAGGUUCGUGAAAUUUUCAAAACCAGGGCAAAAAUUAUUUCGUUCAUCAGACGAUACCUUGAUGAAUUAGACUUUCUUGAGGUUGAAACUCCAAUGAUGAACAUGAUUGCCGGUGGAGCUGCUGCUCGUCCAUUUGUAACCCACCACAAUGACCUCAAUAUGAGGCUUUUCAUGCGCAUUGCACCUGAACUGUAUCUCAAGGAACUUGUAGUUGGUGGCUUAGACCGUGUGUACGAAAUUGGGAAGCAGUUUAGGAAUGAAGGGAUUGACCUAACACAUAAUCCCGAGUUCACGACUUGUGAGUUCUACAUGGCUUUUGCCGACUACAAUGACCUGAUGAAGCUAACUGAAGAUAUGCUCAGUGGGAUGGUCAUGGAACUUACGGGUGGUUAUAUAAUAAAGUAUCACGCAAAUGGGUAUGACAAUGAUCCCAUCGAGAUCGACUUCACUCCUCCUUUCAGGCGGAUUGAUAUGAUAGAUGAGUUAGAGAAGGUGGCUAAUUUGAACAUACCUAAGGACUUGUCAAGUGAGGUAGCCAAUAAAUAUCUGGUGGAUGCAUGUGCAAGGUUCGAGGUCAAAUGCCCCCCUCCUCAAACUACUGCUAGGCUCUUGGACAAACUUGUUGGCCACUUUCUUGAGGAGACGUGUGUGAACCCUACAUUCAUUAUCAACCAUCCUGAGAUCAUGAGUCCACUGGCAAAAUGGCAUAGGUCCAAACCAGUCUUGACCGAACGGUUUGAGCUGUUCAUCAACAAGCAUGAACUAUGCAAUGCGUACACGGAGUUGAACGAUCCUGUUGUGCAACGCCAGCGUUUUUCUGACCAGCUCAAGGAUCGACAAUCGGGUGAUGAUGAAGCUAUGGCCUUAGACGAAACAUUCUGUACUGCUCUUGAAUAUGGUUUACCUCCAACUGGCGGCUGGGGAUUGGGCAUUGACCGAUUCGCAAUGCUGUUGACCGAUUCACAGAACAUAAAGGAAGUAUUGCUCUUCCCAGCAAUGAAACCCCAAGAUGAGCCUUCGAACAAAGAAGGCCAUUGUGAGUAUGAUAAAGUUGACAUUAACUUUGUUUUCUUCAGCAACAAGAAAACACAGGAUGCUCCCUCUCAAGAGCUUGAGAAGUUGUCUUUGAAGUAAAAAUUAUGAAGGACACUCAAUUUGGGGGAUGAAUGAUGAGAAAUUUUGGCUGAAAAAACUCUCAAGAUUUACAAUUACAUUCCGAGCUGCCAAUCGGAACAUUUGAUACAUGGAUACAAUUCCAAUAUUGAAAAAUCUCAUGAUUUACAUGCAAUUUUAUAGAAAUCAUGUUAAUGCAGAACAUGUACUGAUGCAGUGGAUUUUAGUGUUUGUUUUGUAUUAUUUUUUCAAUUGAGCCUAAGUACUUGAUGUGAAAUGUUUUGAUCAAAAUCCCUUCUCUUGGAAAGAAAUUUCUGUCUGACUCUAAAAGCAAUGUUGAAUGCAAAGAUAUUCCAAUGAUUCAUUUUCAUGAUCCACUGUGCUUUCUCCUGUAUCCAUGCAAACGAGACAAAUACCUCUACAUGGUGUAAUGAACAGAAUAAACCACACAUUGCACAAUUACAUUUUAAUCGCUCCAAAUAGGCCUAGGGGACAAUUUUCGUCAAGUUCUUUGCGCUUCUCAACUGUUAUUACCCAACAUGCGGCCUCGCCUCGCGGAGGACCUAUGUGCGGCCCCUACUCCUUCCUCCGUCGUAGAAGCCAAUGCGAGGGAGUUGAUGUCCUUUUUCAAGGAUAUUCUUCCCACCGGGGAUCUCGAGCUUGGUUGCUCAGAUCUUCGAGUUCAGAGCGAGCAUAUUUUUCGCUCUUUGGCACAGGGCUUUGUUCGUCCGGUGCCUUUGCUCGAUGAUGCCCUGUCGGGCUCAGGUCGGACAAUCCCUGAGCUUGAACAAGGCAUGAAGAUUCUGGCUGACGAGAACCAGCGCCUGACUCAGGAGCUGAAGAAGGAAAAACGGCGCCACGCCGACGAUGUUCGGACUCUUGAGGAUAUGCUCGAGAAGGAAAAAGCCGCCCGAAAAGAAGACCAGCAGAGGUAUACUAUGGCUGCUGCUGGCCGAGCUCGCCAACUACUCUGGCAUACUCAUCUCGGCCAUCGCUUCUUGAAAGAAUAUCGAGAGCAAAUGGUCGCCGACUUUUUGGAGUCACCUGUGUUCUUGAAGGAGUUGUGGGAUCUGGGUGCCGACUACUAUCGGGUCUGCACGGAAAAGACGAGUGAGCAAAUUUGCCACGAUGACUUUGAGGGAGACCUCGAUGUCGAUAAUAUCUGGCUCGCUCUGCCUAAGGCUCCUCAAGGCUUCAAAGGCGAUCCUGAAUUGCCCCUCAACCACGCGUGGUGGACUAAGACGCUUGAGCGGACUCUGGCCUAGUCCACCACGUUGAAGAAAAGUUUCGAUCCCUCGGAUCCUAAUAUGUUGCCUGUUGCCAUGUCUAUGGCGGAGUCAACUUGACUACGUCCUUUAUCCGAUCAAGCCGAAUCGACCUCUGGCUCAAGCUAGCAAAUCGAGACCCCAGUCGAGCCUACUCUCCAGAGCCUGAACGACAAAAUCGCCCUCGAGCAGGCUACAAAUGCGGAGACUUUAAAUGUUCCAUGAAAACCUUGUACUUUUCGCUUCUGUUUUUGAU